CGCCGCAAAAAGGCGGCGUCUUGAUACGGUGACGGCACAAGCCGCUGGAAAUGGAACCACUACGACUGUUGAACAUCACCAGCAUCAGCAUCAGCAUCAAGGCACCUCUGAAGCAAAUGACAGCGACUUACCAAGAGAACCUCGCAAAGGACAAUUGCUAUUUUCUCUAGAGCGCUCUAUUAGCCCUCCAUCGUCUUCAAGAAAUGGCUCGGAAUGUCGAUCCCAGAGUAUUCCUGCGAAAGCAUCUGAAAAUGCAGAUGCCGGUGGGAAUACGAAUAUGAAGAUAGUUCCUUCGCCGAUACAACUUAGUCGGAUCCGGGAUCUUUCUGCCCAGAACAAUAUCGAUACGGUCCAACUCAAGGACAUUCUCGGUGACCCUCUGAUAAAAGAAUGCUGGCAAUUCAAUUAUCUAUUUGAUCUUGAUUUUCUCAUGGGCUCCUUUGAUGAAGACAUAGGGCACCUGGUACAAGUCAGGGUCAUGCAUGGAUCAUGGAAGAAAGAAGAUCAUCAUAGAGUCAUGUUGGAGGAAUCUGCAAAGCAGUAUAAGAAUCUGAGACUAAUUACUGCUUAUAUGCCUGAGCCAUUUGGUACACAUCAUUCCAAAAUGAUGAUACUGCUCAGACAUGAUGAUUGUGCACAGGUUGUCAUUCAUACGGCAAAUAUGAUCCCGCAGGAUUGGACAAACAUGUGCCAAGCCGUCUGGCGCUCACCUUUGUUACCCUUGUUUCCUGGACAUGCAGCAAAAGAGAACUCUACUAGCUCCUCAGGCCAGAUUGGUAGCGGGGUCAGAUUCAAGAAUGAUUUGCUGGCUUACCUCCGUGCAUAUGGCAAAGCAAAGACCGGAUCUUUGACUGCACAACUGGGCAAAUACGAUUUUAGUGGAGUGAAAGCCGCAUUGGUUGCAAGUACACCUUGCAAGCAAAAGCCGGCACAGAUUGACUCGAAAGAUGAACCGCUCUGGGGAUGGCCCGGUCUAGAGAGGGUCCUGAAACAUGUGCCUGUCUCGAGCAGGAGCAAUGACUCAGGUCCUCCUCAUAUUAUUGUGCAGGUAUCUUCUAUUGCCAGCCUCGGUCAAACAGACCGAUAUCUCAAAGAGACUUUUUUCCCUACCCUAGCAACGACAGGCCCCCGGACUAAAGACCAGCGUUCGCGGAAGCCAAAGUUUUCAGUUAUAUUUCCCACUGCCGAUGAAAUUAGACGAUCCCUGGACGGCUACCAGUCGGGCUCGUCUAUUCAUAUGAAGAUCCAAACUGCCGCACAAGCAAAGCAGGUAGCUUACAUGAAACCGUAUUUAUCACAUUGGGCAGGCGAUGGAGAUCAUCUCUCGCGUAGUAAUCCGGAACUUGUUCGAGAUGCUGGUAGGAGGAGAGCCGCGCCCCAUAUCAAAACUUAUAUCCGCUUCUCUGACUCCAGUGCCAAACAAAUCGACUGGGCAAUGAUAACCUCUGCGAACAUGUCCACGCAAGCGUGGGGCAGUGCAAUAAACGCCACAGGCGAAGUGCGUAUCUGCAGUUGGGAGAUCGGUGUCGUUGUUUGGCCGGAGCUCUUCAGCCAGUCGCCAUCGAGCUCUUCAUCUGACCAGGGAUCGGAGAGCGGGACAAGCAUUAUGGUUCCAGUCUUCAAGCAGGACGCCCCCAAUUUGGACACGGUCAAUGAAUUCUUGUCCUCUGAUGAGAAGAGCGUGUCGCAAAGUAAGGAUACUAACGUCAUUGGUUUCAGGAUGCCUUACAACCUUCCUCUCGUGCCGUAUCGGCCUAUUGAUAUGCCUUGGUGUGCCACCUCAAGCUACGCCGAGCCGGACUGGAUGGGAAGGAGUUACAACGUAAGCUACGACUAA